AUGGCGAUGAGGCUCCACCAGCAAAGAUACUGGUUCUCGCCUCCAGCCCUUGACCUCCAACCAAGGAAGUUCUCGUCUGAGUGGGAGCGAGUUCCCGUCCUAAACGUACUAGUUAAGUCGGUGCUGAAGAACCGGCAAAGACAGCACCUCGAGCAGGUCGUGAAACACUUGCACGAGGCGAGACCAGUGAGCCCCUUCGUGUCCGCCGCCUUCUGUUUCCUGGUGGUGCUCCUGUAUAUUGCCCGCAAAACGGCAAGUCUAUUUAUUAGCCUUUGGUUUAGACUAAGACCACAGAAGCCCCAGGGCAUUUCGGAAGAACAGCCCCAGGGCAUUUCGGAAGAACAGCCCCAGGGCAUUUCGGAAGAACAGCCCCAGGGCAUUUCGGAAGAACAGCCCCAGGGCAUUUCGGAAGAACAGCCCCAGGGCAUUUCGGAAGAACAGCCCCAGGGCAUUUCGGAAGAACAGCCCCAGGGCAGUUCGGAAGAACAGCCCCAGGGCAGUUCGGAAGAACAGCCCCAGGGCAGUUCGGAAGAACAGCCCCAGGGCAGUUCGGAAGAACAGUCCCAGGGCAGUUCGGAAGAACAGCCCCAGGGCAGUUCGGAAGAACAGCCCCAGGGCAGUUGGGAAGAACAGCCCCAGGGCAGUUGGGAAGAACAGCCCCAGGGCAGUUCGGAAGAACAGUCCCAGGGCAGUUCGGAAGAACAGCCCCAGGGCAGUUGGGAAGAACAGCCCCAGGGCAGUUGGGAAGAACAGCCCCAGGGCAGUUGGGAAGAACAGCCCCAGGGCAUUUGGGAAGAACAGCCCCAGGGCAGUUUUUAG